AUGUCAUCAACACUGCUAAUUGAAUCUCCCAAGUACCUGAGCAAGCCUAUGCCGAAGUUCUACUAUGACGAAAUCAAAAAACCUGGCUCUACGGAGAAUGCGGUCGAUAACUUCUGGAACAAUACCCUACCCCAUUACUUUACCCAGGACAAGUUUUAUGGGAUCGAACAGGAGCAACGCCCACUCGAAAAAGUCUACAGCCGUGCUGACUUCAUCAUUCGAUACGUCAAAAACGGUCAGCCAAAGAAAGUUGUUCUAAUGGAGAACAAGCGACGAGGAUACGAGACCCAGUCUUCUUGGUGGGCCGAGGCAGUCAGGCAACUCACAGACUACCUGAAACUUGUCCGCGCUGAACAGGAUUGGAAUGAUACACUUUAUGCUGCUGUUACUAUUGGAACCUAUGUUCGCUUCUACUACCUCGAGCCAAAGGAACAGACUUUGACCGACUACACAACCGUUCGCACUGGAGACUACUACGAACUUAAGAAGGACGAAGCCGAAGUUCAUAAGGUUCUGAAUGAAUGGGUUGAGAAAACAAGCCACUAG